AUCGAGUACUUUUUAAGUACUCUAGUGCAACGUCUUAACCCUUAAUUCGCUAAAUCUCAAAUGAAAAGAAUGUCUUGGACAUUUCGAGUGCCUUUCCAAAAUAUAAAGAAUUUUGUGGUUUUGAGACCCCCUGCAGUAAUAUUUUGCUUUUGCAUUGCUUCCUUUGGGAUUGUAACCCUAUGCUUAUCACUUUACAUCAAACACACACCAUCACCACUAAAAAAUCCAGAUGAAAAGGGAUGGAAUGAUGUUGCAGUCAAAUUGAACAGACUAAACUUUUGCUUGCUUCCACCUGGAGUAUCUCCAGCCAUCAACACAACAGGGAUGGAAGCAGCGUCUGUUCCUUUCGAAAUGAUUCUUCCAGUCCAUGAAAUUUGGAAAAACUUCACAGUCAUAUCUGGGAGCAUUGCUGCAACAGAUAUUGGGCUACGAGAUUAUCCUGGGACAAAUUUAUCAUUCUCAUUGUCCUUGAUGCAAUCUCAAAACAAGAUAUGUCUGAACUUGUACCAUCCUCAUUUCGUGUCCAUGCCACAUGGGGCCCCAACCUGCAAUUCCCUUCAGUUCAAUCCUUUUCCAAGAAGCAUCGGGGCGUUCGUACUUCCCAGAGAAGAUAAAAAAUUAACUACCGGAAGUAUCACACCAAAGUGCUCGGAUAACGCUGCAUUUGACGUCAAAUUACUGGAAAACCCUGCGUGGACUGUGCUUCUGGGAAAGGACGACCGAGCUCGAUCAAGCCACCAUCUGAUGGUCGCUUCAGUCUUCCUGUUAACUUCAUUUUUCAUAAUGCUGUGCUUUGCUGCAGUGCGCGGUGGAUCGUUGAGUAAAACGGUGAAAAUGAGCAAUUCCGGGCGAACACCUACCGAGGAUAAAGAACCACUCGAUCCCUAAAAUAUGUUCUAAUGUAACUUAGAUUAAAAAAAAAACAUUGCGCCACAUUUUGACUGGCUUGAUAAAAUAAAUAAGUUUGUUUACGGA